GCAUUAACUGAUUAGCUAGCGUUAGCUACGGCAACGUUUUCAGAAGGUCGCCGUGGUUCGCAAACUACCGAGCCGGCUACGAGCCCGCUGCCGUCAAAGGGAAAGUCUCGGCUGUUGGAAAGGCUGUUUAUCACGUUUUGGGAAAGGAUACGAGGGGACUUUGCACCUGGAUUACCGCUCGUCGAGGACAACAUGCCUCAGACACCGCCAUUCACGGGGCAGCUGAACACAAGCAGCUACAACAAGAACCUCUACCAGACCAAAGAGGAAGGCUACCCCGGCCUCUAUUAUCAUGACAACAACCUUGUGUCUGGGUCCCUGGAGGCCCUCAUUCACCACUUGGUCCCAACUGUAGAUUAUUAUCCAGAUAGGACGUACAUCUUCACCUUCCUGCUCAGCUCUCGCCUGUUCAUCCACCCGUAUGAGCUCAUGUCCAAGGUGUGCCACCUGUGCAUGGAGCAGCAGCGACUCAGCGAUCCCCAAGCUGACAAGAUGAGAGUCAGGAAGAUUGCUCCCAAGAUCCUUCAGCUCCUGACAGAGUGGACGGAAACCUUCCCAUAUGACUUCAGGGACGAGAGGAUGAUGCGCAGCCUGAAGGAGCUGACCCACCGGUUGGCCUGUGGAGACGAGGUUUACAGGAAGGCGGUAGGCCAGAUGAGCCAGGGCCUGAUCAGGAGGUUGACAGUGCUCAGCCAGUACGAGGAGGCGCUGGUCAAGAUCAACGCCACAGCGGCAGAGCGACUGACGGCUCUUAAGACAAAGCCCCAGGCGGCCAUCCAGAGAGAUAUGCUGUCUAUCUGCAACGACCCCUUCACUGUCGCCCAGCAGCUCACGCACAUAGAACUGGAGAGACUGAGUUACAUCGGACCUGAAGAAUUCAUCCAGGCCUUCGUCCAGAAAGACCCUCUGGACAACGAUAAGAGUUGCUUCAGUGAUCACAAGAAGGCCAGCAACCUGGAAGCUUAUGUUGAAUGGUUCAACAGGCUCAGUUAUCUGGUGGCUACAGAAAUCUGCAUGCCUGUGAAGAAGAAGCACCGAGCUCGAGUCAUCGAGUUCUUCAUCGACGUGGCGCGUGAAUGCUUCAACAUUGGCAACUUUAACUCCCUCAUGGCCAUCAUCUCUGGGAUGAACAUGAGUCCUGUGUCUCGGCUGAAGAAAACCUGGAGCAAAGUGAAGACGGCCAAGUUUGACAUCUUAGAACACCAGAUGGAUCCUUCCAGCAAUUUCUACAACUACAGAACGGCGCUGAGAGGAGCCACGCAGAGGUCGAUCACCGCCAACAGCAGCAGAGAAAAGAUCGUCAUCCCUUUCUUCAGCCUGCUAAUAAAAGACAUCUACUUCCUCAAUGAGGGAUGUGCCAACAGGCUGCAGAACGGACAGAUCAACUUUGAGAAAUUCUGGGAACUUGCCAAACAAGUGAGUGAAUUCAUGACCUGGAAGAAGUUGGAGUGUCCGUUUGAGAAGGAUCGCAAGAUCCUGCAGUACCUGCUGACGGCUCCAGUGUUCACUGAAGAUGCAUUGUGUCUGGCAUCAUACGAAAGCGAAGGGCCUGAGAACAACAUGGAGAAGGACAGAUGGAAGUCUCUGAGAUCCACUCUGCUAAGCAGGGUCUGAACAUCUCAGCUGAAGAAACCAGACUGAAGACGAACCCCUGACAAGCAAGCCGUGCCCCCCAGCGCCGCUGUUGUCCGAACAAAGUAUUCCCCUGUUGGAAGGGAAAUGACAAUCUCGACUUUGGCUGGCGAGGACCUUUUGUGUUCCCUCCACCGUCAGAUUUCUACUAAGCUCUGCUUUUCCUAACUCUCGUGGUCUCUGUGGCUGUAUAUUUCAGGACAGCUGUUUUUUUUUUUUUCAUCUCUUUGUAUGACUUUGUAGAGUUUUUAAAAAAAAAACAAAACAACAAACCACCACCACAGACCGUCAUCACAGUAAAAGCCAAGGGGACGUGCUUUUUCUCCUUCGAAGCGUUUCGCCCUGAUAAACCUUCUGUCGGCGUGAACAGAGUCGAUGGGGUUGCUUGCCCCCCCACUCCCGCCAGCUUGACACACUUUAUUCCACGGAAACAACGAAGUUAGCUGCUGGUUGGCUAAUGCAACAGAAACGCUACUCUCUCUCUCCGGUUCCACAAGCCAGCACUCUGUACGGAGAAGUUCAACCUUAACCCGCAACACUGUUGUUCAUCGUUAAGCUAGCCCUUACUUAUAGUUUUGUUGUUUCGUCCAUUUCCUGUUGUAUGAUUCCCGAGUAUCUUUCACCUCAUGUUGCUGAAGCUUUUGUUAAAUUGUAAUGUGUAAGAGAAAAAUGCACUGGCUGCAUUUUAAGAUGUAAUUGAGUUGUUUUUUUGUUUUUUUUGGUUGUGUUGUAUAAAGUUGUGAUUUAUUAAGCAGGAAGCUUGUUUUUUUUUUUUUUUUUUUGACCCACUCAAGGCCUCAGUGUGCUUCAAACGAAUUAAGACGUCAGUAAGCUUCAACCAAGGUGUUUUUCCUCGUGGUCGAACAGUAUCAGAGGACCCCCGCGUCUUUCCAAGGCAGGAGUUGGGGGUUUAAGAUGGUGUUAGAUGCCCCGACGAGCACUUCGUUUGAGGCAUAGCGAGGCCUUCGGCAGUGAGCUUCAGUGGAAGGUGCGAUGAUGUGCGCUUCCUGUUGUUCUUGAUAAUCGGUGUUUUUUAAAAAAAACUAAAAAAAAACAAACAAACAAACCCCUCUGCUGCUGAGAAGAUAAACCAGGCCGUGACCAGACUUCUCCCCUUUUGCUCCUGCUUUACCUACUAAUGUAGAAAAUGAGUGUGGUUGUGCUGCCCCCUGGUGGUUCAGUGAGAAAAGUGAAUGGAUUUGUGUGGUUGAAUAAUGAAUAAUGUGAACUGAAGAUUUCUGUUGAAACCCCACACAGGCUAACUAAUGUCCCUUUUUAUUUUUUCUCAUAUUAUAAAAGUAUAGUCUCCUCCCUGUUUGUUUUAUUUAUAAAUCUAUGUGUAGUCACAUGUUGUCCUCAUGCCAAUAUUUACUGUUAUUUAAUUUUGUACUAGGUACAUAACAUGCUUAAGUAGUCCUCGGAUAUUGGCUUAAUAUUUUUUUAUACAAGUUUGUAUGAGACACUUAUUUUUCGAGGUACUAGCUCAGAUUAUGAAGUUAAACAUAUUUGACUGACGUCUGCUUUGCCUCGACUGCUCCUCUCUCACCACAGAGUGCUGUUGUGUUUUGUCAUGUACAUACUGUACCCCCCCCCCUUCUGUGUUCAUCCAUUUGUAUUUGGGUUGUUAAAAUGGAAUAGAGGAACCGUUUAUAAAUGAAUUAGUUGUGUUUGAAAGAGUUAAUAAAGGAAUGUAAAAAAUCA